AUGAGGAUAAUGAAGAGAUGUAGAAGAGUGAAGUGUUGCUACAUUUUGCUUGACAAGUUGUUGUUAUGGGAGAUUCGGGUGCAGAAAAAGAGGUCGUCGAUUGGAGACAAGGCAGAUUGUCACAAAGUGCUUGAUGAUGAGUCGUCUGAUGGGAUUAAAGAAGAAAAGAAGGUGGUGAAUGAUGUGUCAUGUUUGUUUCAGAUUUUGUUCUGGCCAGGAGUUACAAGGAAGUGGAAAGUGGCUUAUGUACAGUCCAAGGGGAUGAAAAUAUUCAAGGACGUUCCUUGUCAGUGCUUAUUUAUGAUAAGAAGGCCAUGGAUUUUGCUUCUCAUUUUAAAGCUUCUAAACACAGUGGUUUUGGGGCUAAAAUGA